UCAUGGUUGGUGCUGUCGUUAGUGCUUUCAUGAUCAAUGAUGCCGCCACCAUCCUGCCCAGAGCUGUUGUAGCUAAAGCACGUGCUUACAUUGUUGGAGCUGCGGCUGAUGUGAUUGAGGUUGGCAUCAGAACUGAUGGAAUUCAGGAAGCUCUUCUGAAAUCUCCAUUUCUGUUUGAGGACAGGCAGUCCAGGAUGAAACAAGUGCUUAAGACUUUAAAAGCAUUCAAGGCCCUGCCAAAGAAGCAGCCAUUGGGCUCGAUCUAUGUGAAACUUCUUGGACAAGAGAUCGCUUUUGCUAAUGUUGGCAAAGCAGUUAUUGAACAGGCAACACGGGUUGGGUUCAAUUAA